AUUUCUAGCACAAUUAAGCAGUUUCGUUGUCAUUACGUGGAUAUUGAACCCUACAAAUCCUUAAACUGAGCAGUAAUUUAGUAUAGUCAGUACCAGUAAUAUAUAUAUACGGUUUUCAGUGACGAGCGGCGAGAGCGCAGGAUGGGGAAGGCAGCGAGGGUAGCGUGUUGCCUGCUCUUCAGUUGGCUGCCAGCGUCGGUGGCGGGUGUGUGGUCGCAUCGCUACGACCUGCUCUCCUUCUACGACUACAGGAUCGCUCUUCCCAAUGAAACUUUAAACGUUUCGACUCCACGAUCUUGCCGCGCCCAUUGCGUGCAGGAUAUAGGAUGUUCAGCAUCAUCCGUCACGCCCUCGGACAAACGAGGGGAGUUCGAGUGCAGGAUCAGCCGCGUCCCUGAGGCGCACCGCACCAUCUCCCCUCAUGCAGACUCCGUCGCCUUCGUCAAAGAAAGGAAGCCCAAGUUGUACUUCUGGAGCAAUGGAACUGCCUUGAUACCAAGCGGCUUCACCGACCUCUGCUCCAGCAAUGGGGGUAAAUUCGGAAUCAUCUUCACCAUUCAAGACAUCGAAUACAUCAAAAACAACAUCAUGGCAGAGGUGAAUGACACGUUGGGCUUCUUCAUACCACUGGUCGGCAAGAAAGUAAACGGAACUGCAUCUCAGGUGCAUUGGUUGGAGGUUGAACACGGAGUUGACGACACUUACCAUCCUCUAAACCUGUUCUUCUCGGACCUCAGCAACAACAACGCCGAACUCUGUCACAAAAUCACCCCUGCAAACGGCCUCACUUUGCGGCGCUUCAACUGUGGCGCGGGAUUGAAGAAAAAGCUGUUGUGCUACAAGUAUAAGGACUGAUCUCAUGCUUGAUCUAGUGGAAGAGA